AUGCUCUAUAAAGGGGCUGCCAUGCUCCUACUCCCCCUUCUGCAGGGGGUCAGCGCAGACUGGACCACAACUAUCACAACCAUCCUCACCGUAUCCAACGGCUUCACUCCCGUCGUCGACUUCACCACGACGUCUAGCUUUAACAGCAAGCAUAGUCACCGGGAGCAGUUCAGCACGAUUGUUACGGUCCCCAAUGGCAUGAUGCCUAUCAUCCACUACAGCUCUAUGCCGGCUCAUAGUGCAUCGUCCGGUGGAUCGCUGGCGCCGCCGAGCUCAACAUCUCGAAGCUCUAUACCGCUCGCCCCUAGCCGUGGCUCUUCUAGCUCAUCGGCCAGCGAGACUGUUCCGCCAGAGAAGACCAGCCCUAAUUCAAACGCACCCACAAGUACUCCUAGAUUGCCUAGCUCGGGCUUGUACGGGUCGUCCAUCCCCCACCCAGGUGGCCUACCCAGCUCGGGUCUUCACCCAUCGGGUAGUGCUUCGGCUACUGCUCUAUCCUCAUCGUCUAGACAUAGCCAACCCACACCCGGGGCCACAUCAGCUUCAGGAGCAUCGUCUGCCGGUGGUUUGGGCUCAACUUACGGAGCCUCAUCUCAAUUCCCGUCGGCUGCGCUUUCUUCUGCCCCUGAUCUCAACUCACUUACACCAACGGGUAGCUCCUCGGCUGAAGAAUCUGCUAUCCUUGCAUUUGGGCCUACAGGUGCUCCAUCUUCGGCGCCAUGGGGCACCUUGACUGUUCUCCCUUCCGGUACUAUUACCGGAACGCCUGCGUAUUCGGAGGCCACCAACAUUGCAAUCUUCCUAAAGGGAUUCUAUAACAACAUAGGCCUACUCAAGACGGAUCCUAAAACCUAUAAGAAAAAUCUUCAAGAUGUUGAGAAUCAAGCUGAAAAUUACCUCUCGAAGAUUGACUACCCUUCGGAGAAGUCUCCUUGCUCUGGGUCCCUUAGAAAGAGAUCUCUCUUCGGUGAUAUUGGAAACCUUGCCUCUAGUGCAGCCAAUGUUGCCGCAGGUGCCGUGAACGCCGCCAAAAACAUCGCGGAAGACGCAAUAAGCUGCAUUAAGCCAAUUGCAGAUGACAUGAUCAAGACCAUCCCCGAUGAUGUAUCCAAGUUGACGGAUGAUAUCGAGGACACCGUCAAGAAGGGAUCUAAAUACCUGGAUGAGAUCAGUAAUAUUCUGAAUGACAUGGAGAACAAAGCCAAGGAUGAUGAAAACGAAAAUUCAUCGUCGAAUUCUGAAUCCUCCACAUCCUCGUCUUCAUCCAGCACGUCCUGUUCAUCAAGUACAACGUUCUCUGACUGCACGACAACAACUGUCUUGGUUUCGACUUACUCCACCGGAGCAGAUGCGACCGCCCCUCUCAUCUCAGGAGAGUGCUACGAGUACACCAGCUUUCCAUCCAAGAUCACCCUAACACCAAGCUGGACUCCGACUGCGCCUACAGCGACGCCAGUGCCCUUCAUCACCACUGAAACAGAUGGCGAAAUACUCUCUUAUCCGUCGCAAAUCUUUCAAAAUUUUGCUACAGAGGGGGUAGGCGCACCCGUGACGCUGCAAACUCCGUCACCAAGCCAGACCAGCGGUAACGAUAAAGGCUCGGGCGAGUGCCACAGUAUCGACGAUGCCUGCACCAGAGCUUAUGAGCAGUACGUAGAUGACACAGUUUAUUCAUCCUACACAUCCUACACAGCGAAUAUUGAAAGUGGCAUCAUCGUGGAUGCAACAUUCGGCACAGCAGGCUGUGCGGCUAUGUAUUCAUGCGAUAACAAUGACUAUGGUUUUGGCAUGACCGGACGGCAGAUCAAGGCUGCUGUUGAGUAUAUGAUGGCAAAUGACAGUGCCAGUAAAUGCGGAACGACAUAUCUGUCGAACUCCUGUCAGAUCACUCUCAAUUACUGCACCAGCUGCUCGGCCACGCAGUAA